AUGGCAAUCUAUCCCAACGCCAAUGCCUACGCGCAGAACAGUGGUCUCAAUAAUACUUCGCCGCCUCAUCCCAUCAAUAUUGAAGCAUGGACCGAGGAGGCCACGCAGUCACUCAGUGCAGUCUCGCUGGUCUCCCCAGGCCUUGUCCCUGAUGCAAGCGUAUCUAUUGCCAUUGACCUCGAGGAGCCGACCCAUCGCAAGCAAAGCGAAAUCGCUGGGACUGCUCGUCGUGCAGACGACGCUUCGUCCGCCUAUCGCCCACGCCGUGAGCCUCUUCGGCGCGACAGCCUAAAACGUCGUGAGGCACUCCUCAAAGGCAAGGAAGGAAGCCGUCGCCGUACACGCUGGGAGAAUGAUCGUCUGUUGAAUAACCCAUGGGCGCAACCCCCACUACCGAGCGAUUGGGAAGUUCACCCAACAUAUCCCAAACAUGCCGUUCCUUAUUACCUUGCGCCGCUCUGGGACCUGGACAUGACCGUACGAGCCGGCGCUGAGAAUAAGAAGAAGCGCGAGACUGCCCGUAAGCAGGCCCAGGGAGAAAACGAGAGCGCUGGCAAGAUCCCAAGAGAGCUUCGCGAGAAGCUCAAGAGAGCCAAGGCUGCUAAGGGCUUGUUGAAGGAUCUUGAAGAGCAAAUUCGCUUCUUUGUAAAGAAUUGGGAAGACCAGAAGAAGGAUGUUAGCGAGCAUGAGCUGGAUUCUGAAGACGAAGAAAUUGUAUUCGUCGGCCGAAACGGGCAAAUGAACGAUAUACCUUCGUCUCCGAAGACCAGCUUAGAUGAAAGUGACGCUGAGAGAGACCAGCGGCUGGUCUUCGACAGCUUGGCAAACGACCAGGGAGCGAGCUUUGGGCGCUGGCUGGUCCAUUCCAUUGCAUCUUACUACGGCCUCCACACCUGGUCCAUUACUGUUGGCGAUCCGGCGAGGCGUGAGGCGUAUGUUGGAAUACCACCGCAGCAAACCAGAGGCAAACCUGCAUCUCCAGUGCUAAGGCCUCGUCCUCUAUGGAAUAUGGUCUAA